GCACACAGGUGAGUCAGCACAGAUGGCAGAUCCAGGCUCUCAGCCUCCAGCUGAAACUUCCAGUCCUCCCCCAGCCAGAAGCUCUGACGCUGGGCUGAGAGACUUUGAUCCUUCCCUGGAUCCAGAAAUCCAGGAGGGAGAAGGAGAACAGGACCUCCUUCCUGAUCUGGAGAGGCCUGAGGGAAAGAAAGAUGGAGCAGACAGAGCUUUGAACAAACCUCCUGAGCUUCACCUCCACAAAGGUGUGACAGGUGAAGGACACCGGCGAAUAGGAGGACAGAACCUGAGAGCCAUUAGUCACAUGACUUCAGCUGCUGCCGCCUCACCAACCACUGGCCCCUCGGUGUCUGGUAAAAGGACAAUGCUGCUGUCCAAUGAGGCGAGGAGAGAAGUAGCCAAACAGGCGAGAGCCGUGAAGGAGGAACGGCGGGCAGCUCUGGAUGCCCGACAUAAAUACCUGAUGAGCAGGCUGGCAGACGCUGGCAGCCUGGAGGAGGCGGCGGUGGAAGACGCCAUCGUCUCUGAUGACAGAUUCAGUCUGAUCCAUGAAUUCUUUGCUGCAAACGGAUCCAAGAAGCUGAUUUUCUUCUAUCAGGAUGUCAAACAGAGUCUGUCCUCCCAUCAGUCUUCCUCUGUGGACGCAUCAAACUCAGCUGUGGCUCAGAGGAAACUCUUCCUCACUACGGGGAACUCUGAGCCUUUACUGGGGAAAUGUCUGUUCUUCCUGAGAACCACUGAGAAGGCCAUAACCACCGUGAACGUGCAGCAGGAAGUGAACUUUGGCGUGUUGGACUGCAGCGGCGGCGGCGGCGUCCUGAACAGUCUGGAAACUCUGCUGACUCACAUCAUGUUACCUGCUCUCAGGUCGCAGCAGUCGUGGGGCUCUGUGCAGGACGGCGCCUCGUGUCCACACGUCCGGUCCUUCCUGUCCUCGGUGGAUCAGUUUGUCAGUAAUCUGAGCUCAGCCCGACUGAACAUGGAGAGAAAGUUCCAGCUGCAGCACGUGGAGCUUCCUGACGCCAUCAGCCAGCUGAGCAGCCCUGCAGACUACAGAGCAGCAGCCAAUAACAGUGAGCUGGUGGAGCGUCUGGAGGAGGUGUUGACCCUGUGGACCAAUCAAAUCAAGCAGGUGCUGACGGAGAGCGAGCAGAUGAGGAAAGAGGCCGACGAUGUCGGGCCGUCGGCCGAGCUGGAGCUCUGGAAGAGCCGCACGGUGACUUUCAACAGUCUGUUGGAGGAAGUGAAGGGCUCUCAGGUGAAGAGGACUCUGGGGGUCCUGCAGGUGGCUCAGUCUCGGUGCCUGCGUGCCUGGAGAGAUCUGGACAGAGACAUCACUGUGGUGGCCAACGAGGCAAAGGACAACGUCAAGUAUCUUUACACCCUCAACAAGUUCUUUGGAUCUGUGGAAAAAUCCACUCCUACCAGGAUGCUGGAGCACAUUCCCAGUCUGAUGAAUGGCAUCAAGAUGAUCCACGUGGUGUCCCAGUACUACAACACCUCAGAGAGGAUGAGCUCACUGCUGCUCAAGGUCACCAACCAGAUGAUCAGCACCUGCAGGAGCUACCUGCUGCAGGGCGUGAGGCGUGUCUGGGAGCACAGCAGGCCAGUGCUGCUGCAGCGAAUCUCUGACUGCUGUAAUCUGAAUGCAGCGUAUCAGCGAAGCUUCCACAGCGUCAGAGACAAACUGAGAGAAAACCCUGAGAACAGACAGUUUGACUUCAGUGAGAACUACAUCUUCGGGAAGUUUGACUCUUUCUGCCGCCGUCUGGAGAAGAUUGCCGGCAUGGCGUCCACGCUGGAGAGCCUGGCUGCUCUGCAGAGCAUGAAGGUGGAGGGCGUGGAGAAGAUCUGUGUUCGCUACCAGACCAUCGUCUCCACAACUGAAUCCAAGACCUGUGACGUCCUGGAUCACCGCAAACUGGAGUUUGACAGAGACUAUGCAGACUUCCAGCUCCAGGUUCAGAGUGUGUUCCAGUGUCUUCGGUCUCUGCUGGACGUCUGGUUCAGCCGGUCUGUCUCUACGCAGAGAUUGCUGGAGCUGUUGGCCAUGUUUGAGUCGGGUCCGCUGGCUCGCUUGGACCUGAGGCAGUACUACCUGCUGCUGCUGCAGCGCUACAGCCGAGAUCUGGAGCUGCUGAGGAAGACCUACCAGAAACACAAGGACCGGCCGCCCAUCGGACGCAACCUGCCGCCGGUGUCAGGCAGGGUCCUUUGGAGCCGGCAGCUCUUCAGCAAGGUUGAAGCUCCGAUGUUGAUCCUGAAGAAGAAGCUUGACUUCCUGAAGGGACCAGAGAUGACUAAAGUCAUCCGGAGCUACAACCAGCUGGCUGUGGUGUUGCUGCAGUACGAGGUGCUGCACCUGCAGGGGUGGAGUAAGGCUGCAGAGAGCGCGCCACGCUGCCUGAGCGCCGCCCUGCUGGUCCGACAUGAAGACAGCAAGGAGGUCUCGGUGAACCUGGACCCUGUGGUGCUGGAGGUGCUGCAGGAAGCUCGGUGGAUGACCAAACUGGGCGUGAGCGUGCCAAAGGUCAUCCAGAAGAUGACCUCCAGGGAACCACGGCUCAGAGAUUUGUACAGCCGGCUGCUGGAGAUGCUCCAGGACUACAGCUCUGUGGUAGGCAGGGUCCCGCCUCUCCUCCUCCCCCUCAUGCAGCCUUUCAUUGGCCGUGUGGAGGCAGCUCUCUCCCCUGGGCUCACCUCACUGUCCUGGACUGCUCUCAACACUGAGCGGUUCCUGCAGAAUGUGUAUGUGGCUCUCAAAGACCUGGAUCUGGUGGCCAAAAUGGCGACAGACCUGCUGGACUGUCGCAUUGGCCGGCUGCUUCGGGCCAUGUCGUCCUGCCGUCUGCUGGUCCUUCCUGAAGACUCGUCUGUGUCGGCGCAGGACCUCCUGCUACAGACAGGAAGCUUGGUCCAAGCUGCUGCUGUCACCCUGAGCUGGCAGAGUCAGCAGGUGGAGAGGUACGUGUACGAACUGAUCGAGGAGCUGAAGAGGAAGAUGAAGACUGUGGAGACUGUUAAUCUCCAGGGGUCUUUUAAGUGUCUCCAUCCAGACUCCAAACAUCAGACUCGCUGUCUGUCGUGUCUCCCUUGUCGUUUCUACAACCUGAUUGGUCAGCUCUGUUACCGCAGCACUGAAGCUCUGGUCAAAGCCACCAGAUCCUCCCUGGAGGCCCUGAGGAGCAGACUUCAUGUCUCCAAACAACAACCACACUUUUCCUUGGUGUCUUCCUCCAGCAGUGCCCAGCCAGCUCCUCCUCCACCUCUCCUCACAACCUCCAUCCAGCUUGCAAUCCCCAACAUGGUCCUCAGACCCAGUCUGGAUGACAUUCAGUCUGUGGUGAAUAAGCUGGUGGGCGUCGUGCUGUCUGUGACCAAAGACAUCCCUCUGUGGACUUACUCUCACCUGCAGUACAAACAGCAGCAGGUGGAGCAGGUGGCAGGUUGUAGUGGAGGAGAGGACGUGGCAGUGAAGCCAGUGGUGCUGCGAGCGCUGGACAGACAGCUGGCUGAACACAAAGACAUCAGCAGGUUGGUGAUGCAGCUCAGCUCCAUUGUGUCACACCUGAAGGCUCAGGCUGCCGAAACCCUGAAUGACCUCGGCCACUUCUCCACCCUGUGGAACCAGGACCCAGAGGAGCAGGUGCAGGCCUUCCUGCAGUCCGACCCCUCCCUGACAGAGUUCAGCGCUCAGAUCUGCUUCUACUCUAGGCUGGAGGUGCAGAUUUCGGAGCUACCUGCGUUUUACACAGCGGGUUCGAUCCUGUUGGACACCGACCAGCUGAAGCGUUCGCUCACUCACGAGUGUCACAACUGGAAACGAGCUUUUGGCGCCGCUCUGAACCGCCGAGCGUCCACCGACAUGAACGACAUCCUGUUGUUCGUGGACACACUCACGAAACGUCUGCAGCGUCCAAUCUCAGACCUGGAUGAUGUCAGAGCAGCCAUGGCUGCGCUCAGAGAGAUUCGGGAGGCGGAGUUUCACAUCGACGCCACCAUCGGGCCGGUGGAGGAAUCCUUCGCCCUGCUGAACAGACACGAGUUGCUCUUUGGUGACGGGAACGGCGAGCGCGUGGACGGCCUGACGUACGCCUGGAAGAACCUCACUGACCUGGUGGUGCAGACCCAGAACACUCUGGUGCAGAUUCAGCCCAGCAUGAAGACAGACCUGCUGUCUGCAGUGCAGAGCCUCCAGAGCCAGGCUCAGAGCUUCUGCACUGACUACAACCAAAGGGGCCCGGGGGUGGAGGGCUUGGCCCCGGCUGAAGCCAGCGAGCGGCUGCAGAGUUUUCAGGCAGAGUUCGAUCAGCUGUGGAGAAAGUACACCACCUGCUCAGGUGGAGAGGAGCUGUUCGGGCUGCCUGUGAACGAGUAUCCGGAGCUGCAGAGGAUCCGGAGGGAGCUCUCCCUGCUGUCCAAACUCUACAGUCUGUACAGCUCGGUCACCGACAGCGUCGCCGGCUACUACGACAUCCUGUGGGCUGACCUCAACAUUGAGAAGAUCAGCGCGGCGCUGCAGGACUUCCAGAACAGGAUCAGGAAGCUCCCACAGGCCCUGAAGGAGUGGCAGGCCUUCAGAGAUCUGAAGAAAACCAUCGAUGACUUCACAGAGACGUGUCCUCUGCUCUACAUGAUGGCCAACAAGGCGAUGCUGCACAGGCACUGGACUCGUCUCAGCGAUGUGACCGGUCACAGCUUCCAGGUGGACUCUGACAGUUUCUGCCUGAGAAACAUUAUAGAGGCUCCGCUGCUGAAACACAGAGAGGACAUCGAGGACGUUUGCAUCAGCGCGGUGAAGGAGCGCGACAUCGAGGCCAAGCUGAAGGACGUGGUGGCCGAGUGGAGCAGCCACACGCUCAGCUUCAGCACCUUCAGGAGCAGAGGAGAACUGCUGCUGAAAGGAGCCGAGACCGCAGAGAAAAUCUCCAUGAUGGAGGACAGCCUGAUGGUGCUGACGUCCCUGCUGAGCAACAGGUACAACGCUCCGUACAAGCCCUCCAUCCAGCUGUGGGUUCAGAAACUCUCCAACACCUCAGAGAUCAUCGAGAAGUGGCUGUCGGUUCAAAACCUCUGGAUCUACCUUGAAGCGGUGUUUGUGGGUGGAGACAUCGCCAAGCAGCUGCCUCAGGAAGCCAAACGUUUCCAGAACAUCGACAAAUCGUGGCAGAGGAUCAUGCAGCGAGCGCACGAGAUUCCCAACGUGGUGCAAUGCUGCGUGGGAGAGGAGACGCUCAGCCAGCUGCUCCCUCACCUGCUGGAGCAGUUGGAGCUCUGUCAGAAGUCUCUUUCCGGUUACCUGGAGAAGAAACGGUUGGUGUUCCCUCGUUUUUUCUUCGUGUCCGACCCCGCCCUGCUGGAGAUUCUGGGCCAAGCCUCUGACUCACACACUAUACAGGCUCAUCUGCUCAGUCUGUUCGAUAACAUUAACAGAGUUGUUUUCAAUGAGAAAAUCUACGACCAGAUGAUCAGUUUCCAGUCCCAAGAAGGAGAAACUGUGGAACUGGGCCAGCCAGUGCUGGCACAGGGGAAUGUGGAGGUGUGGUUAGGAGAGCUGCUAGCUGGGGUGAGGGAAACCCUUCAUGCUAUCAUCCGUCAGGCUUACCUGGCCAUCAGUGACUCCGCCUUUAAGCUGCUGGAGUUCCAGUCGGCGUUCCCGGCUCAGAUUGGCCUGCUGGGAAUCCAGAUGAUCUGGACGAGAAACGCAGAAGAAGCACUCGUCCUCAGCAAGUCGGACAAGAAGAUCAUGCAAACGACCAAUCAGAAGUUCCUGGACCUCCUCAAUGAGCUCAUCGACAUGACCACUCGAGAGCUGAGCAGGAACGAAAGGACCAAAUAUGAGACGCUGAUCACCAUCCACGUCCACCAGAGAGACAUUUUCGAUGAUCUGGUGAGGAUGAACGUGCGCUCGGCUUCAGACUUCGAAUGGCAGAAACAGUCGAGGUUUUACUUCCUGGAGGAGACUGACAGAUGUGUCAUCCAGAUCACAGAUGUGGAGUUCAGCUACUGUAAUGAAUACCUGGGCUGCACAGACAGGCUGGUCAUCACCCCGCUGACAGACAGGUGUUACAUCACUCUGUCCCAGGCUCUGGGGAUGAGUAUGGGCGGAGCUCCGGCCGGACCAGCAGGAACAGGUAAAACGGAGACCACUAAAGACAUGGGUCGCUGUCUGGGGAAGUAUGUGGUGGUCUUUAACUGUUCGGACCAGAUGGACUACAGAGGACUGGGACGCAUCUACAAAGGUCUGGCUCAGUCCGGAGCCUGGGGCUGCUUUGAUGAGUUUAACCGCAUCGAGCUGCCGGUGCUUUCUGUCGCCGCCCAGCAGAUCUACAUCGUGCUGCAGUGUAAGAAGAACAAGAAGAAGCAGUUUGUCUUCACCGACGGAGAUGUGGUCGACAUGGAUCCCGAGUUCGGCAUCUUCCUCACCAUGAAUCCCGGUUACGCCGGCCGUCAGGAGCUGCCUGAAAACCUGAAGAUUCAGUUCCGUACAGUAGCCAUGAUGGUCCCGGACCGAGCCAUCAUCAUGAGGGUUAAAUUGGCCAGUGCUGGUUUCCGUGACAACCAGGUCCUAAGCAGGAAGUUCUACACCCUCUACAAACUGUGUGAGGAGCAGCUGUCCAAACAGGUCCAUUAUGAUUUCGGUCUGAGGAACAUUUUGUCAGUUUUGAGGACGUUGGGAGCUGUGAAGCGAUCUAACCCGUCAGAACCAGAGAAGACCGUGGUGAUGAGGGUCCUGAGGGACAUGAACCUCUCCAAACUGGUGGACGAGGACGAGCCUCUGUUUAUGAGUCUGAUCAAUGACCUGUUUCCUGGCAUUGUUCUGGAUAAAGCCGGUUAUCCAGACUUGGAGUCGGCCAUCUUUAAUCAGGCUCAGCAGGCCGGUCUGAUCCCUCACCUGCCCUGGAUCCUCAAACUGGUCCAGCUCUAUGAGACGCAGAGAGUCCGACAUGGUAUGAUGACGCUGGGUCCGAGCGGUGCUGGGAAGACGGCGUGCAUCCACACGCUGAUGAAGGCCAUGUCUGAAUGCGGCUCGCCCCACCGAGAGAUGAGGAUGAACCCCAAAGCCAUCACAGCCUCGCAGAUGUUCGGCAUGCUGGACGUGACUACCAACGACUGGACGGACGGCAUUUUCUCCACACUGUGGAGGAAAACUCUGAAAGGCAAAAAGGGGGAAUACAUCUGGAUUGUGCUGGAUGGUCCGGUGGAUGCCAUCUGGAUCGAGAAUCUGAACUCCGUUUUAGACGACAACAAAACUCUGACGCUGGCAAAUGGCGAUCGAAUCCCCAUGGCUCCCUGCUGCAAGAUUGUCUUUGAGCCCCACAACAUCGACAACGCCUCCCCAGCCACUGUGUCCAGGAAUGGGAUGGUGUUCAUGAGCUCGUCAGUGCUCAGCUGGAGGCCCAUCCUGCAGGCCUGGUUACAGAAACUAGCAGAGCAGCAGGCCAGCGCUCUGAAACACUGCUUCGACUGCUGCUACCAGGACUUGUUGGACUUUGUCUUCACUGCUGUGUCCCCUAAGAUGCAGGUGCUGGAGUGUAUGUACAUCAAACAGACUAUUGACCUGCUGCAGGGUUUGCUCCCAGCAGCGCAGGACAAACAGGGUGGCCAUGAUCAUGUGGGACGCAUGUUUGUCUUUGCAGUCAUGUGGUCUCUGGGUGCACUGCUGGAGCUGGAUGACAGAGCCAAGAUGGAGGCCUUCCUGAAGGGCCACAGCUCAUCUCUGGACCUGCCACCCACUCAGGACGACCAGACCAUCUUUGAGUUCACCGUCAGCGAGCAGGGACACUGGGAGCACUGGUCCAACAAGGUCCCAGAGUAUGUCUACCCCAAAGACCACGUCCCUGACUACUCGUCCAUCCUGGUUCCCAACGUAGACAACGUGAGGACGGACUUCCUGAUGCAGACCAUCAUGAAGCAGAGGAAGGCCGUGCUGCUGAUCGGAGAGCAAGGAACAGCCAAGACCGUCAUGAUUAAAGGCUACACUGGAAAGCUCGACCCAGAGCUCCACCUCAGUAAGACGGUGAACUUCUCUUCGGCCACGCUGCCUGGCAUGUUCCAGAGGACGCUCGAGAGCUACAUCGACAAACGCAUGGGCACCACCUACGGGCCACCGGCCGGACGCAGGAUGACCGUCUUCAUAGACGACAUCAACAUGCCCGUAAUCAACGAAUGGGGCGACCAGAUAACCAAUGAGAUUGUGCGUCAGCUGAUGGAGCAGGGAGGUUUCUACAGCCUGGAUCGUCCAGGAGAGUUCAUCACUGUGGUGGAUGUUCAGCUGGCGGCAGCCAUGAUUCACCCCGGCGGUGGCCGGAACGACAUCCCUCAGCGUCUGAAGCGCCAGUUCUCCAUCUUUAACUGCACGCUGCCCUCCAACUCCUCCAUCGAUAAGAUCUUUGGCACUGUGGCUCAGGGCUACUUCUGCCCAGAGAGAGGCUUCCCCGGCCCGGUGUGCCAGCUCGCCGCCGCCCUCGUCCCCACCACCAGGCGGGUGUGGCAGGCCGUGAAGGCGAAGAUGUUACCGUCUCCUGCAAAGUUUCACUACAUCUUCAACCUGCGUGACCUCAGCAGAAUCUGGCAGGGGAUCCUCACGGUGAAGUCAGAGGUGUGUCAGAGCUCUGAGCUCCUCUCGGCUCUCUACCAUCACGAGUGCUGCAGAGCAAUCGCCGAUCGAUUCGUCGACAGCGGCGACAGACGAGCGUUCGGCAGCAUCGUGGAGACGGUCACAGUGGAGGAUCAUGGGAGAGCUCUGACUGAGCAUGCUCAGUGGAACAGCUGCUUUGUGGACUUCCUGCGUGAAGCCCCGGAGGCGACGGGAGAUGAACCUGAAGACGCUGAGCUGGAGGCUCCGAAGGUGUACGAACCAAUCCCAUCGCUGGACCUUCUGGCAGAGCGGCUGUCGGCUUUUCAGCAGCAGUACAACGAGGUGGUGAGAGGCGGAGCCAUGGACCUGGUCUUCUUCAAGGAUGCGAUGAUCCACCUGAUGAGGAUCUCACGCAUCCUGAGGACGCCACAAGGAAACGCCCUGCUGGUCGGGGUGGGAGGGUCGGGGAAGCAGAGCCUGACGAGGCUCGCGUCGUUCAUCGCAGGAUACCAAACCUUCCAGAUCACACUGAGCAGGUCGUACAGCAGCAGUAACCUGCUGGAGGAUCUGAAGUCUCUGUAUCGGAUCGCCGGUCAGCGCGGGAAAGGCGUCACCUUCCUGUUCAGCGACAAUGACAUCAAAGAAGAAGCCUUCCUGGAAUACAUGAACAACGUCCUGGCGAGCGGUGAAGUUUCCAACCUGUUUGCUCGAGACGAGCUGGAUGACAUCACUCAGGACCUGAUUCCCGUGAUGAAGCGCCAGCAUCCUCGCCGCCCGCCGACACCCGAGAACCUCUAUGACUUUUUCCUGUCCCGCGUGCGGAGCAACCUCCACGUGGUCCUCUGUUUCUCACCUGUCGGGGAGAAGUUUCGCUCUCGUGCCUUAAAGUUUCCGGGUCUGAUUUCUGGCUGCACAGUGGACUGGUUCCAGCGUUGGCCUCAGGACGCCCUCAUCGCUGUAUCGCAUCACUUCCUGUCUCAGUACCAGGACCUCCGCUGCUCAGAGGACGUCAAGCAAAGCGUUGUGGUUACCAUGGGAACCUUCCAGGACCUGGUGGCAGAGAAGUGUGGCGAGUACUUUGAGCGUUUCCGCCGCCAGACGUUUGUGACGCCUAAGUCCUACCUGUCCUUCAUCGACAGCUACAAGCUGGUCUACACGGAGAAGAUCGCUCACGUCGGCACGCUGGCCGAGCGCAUGCAGACAGGUCUGUGUAAACUGAUGGAGGCGGAGCAGUCGGUGUCUCAGCUCUCUGAGGAGCUGCUGGUGAAGGAGAAGGAGCUUGCCGUCGCCUCCCAGAGGGCAGACCAGGUCCUGCAGGAGGUCACGGCCAAAGCUCAGGCUGCCGAAAAGGUGAAGCAGCAGGUGCAGAAGGUGAAGGAUAAAGCUCAGCUCAUCGUGGACGAGAUCGAAGUCGAUAAAAUGGCAGCAGAGUCCAAACUGGAGGCUGCGAAACCGGCUCUGCAGGCUGCUGAGGCUGCCCUACAGGUUACACUCAGUCCUCCAUUGUAUUUACAUGUCCUCCACAGACCGCUCAGGUCAGAGCGGUGUAAGCUUCAUCAUCAGAUGACCAUCAAACCAGCAGACAUCUCCACAGUGAGGAAGCUGCAGAAGCCUCCUCAUCUCAUCAUGAGGAUCAUGGACGCCGUGCUGCUGCUGUUCCAGAGAAAGGUCGACGCCGUGACCUCUGACCCCGAACGACCUUGUCCCAGACCGUCGUGGGCCGAGGCGAUGAAGCUGAUGCAGAACUCGGCCUUCCUCAGCAGCCUGCUGAACUUCAGCAAGGACUCCAUCACAGAGGAGGUGGUGGAGCUGCUCGCUCCUUACCUCCAUAUGGACGACUACAACAUGGAGACGGCCAAGAGGAUCUGUGGGAACGUGGCGGGGCUCUGCUCCUGGACUCAGGCCAUGGUCGACUUCUUCAGCAUCAACAAGGAGGUUCUUCCUCUGAAGGCUAACCUGGCCAUGCAGGAGGCCCGUCUGCUGGUGGCUCAGGCUGAACUCAGUAAGGCUCAGGAAGAGCUGGAUGCUAAACAGCUGGAGCUGGACGCAGUGCAGGCGCUUUACGACGCUGCCAUGAAGGAGAAGCAGGACCUGGAGGAUGACGCCCAGGCCUGCCGCCGGAAGAUGGCCAACGCACGCGCUCUGAUCGACGGCCUGGGAGGAGAAAAGGUCCGUUGGACCGACAGCAGCGCGGGGUUUCAGACUCAGAUCAAACACCUGGUGGGGGACGUCCUUCUGGCCACAGGCUUCCUGUCCUACGCCGGCCCCUUUAACCAGGAGUACCGCAGCCUGCUGCUGACGCUGUGGAGGAAAGAGAUGGAGGAGAAGCUCCUCCCCUUCAGUCCCGAGCUGAACGUGAUUGGUCUGCUGGUGGACAACGCCACAGUGAGCGAGUGGAACCUGCAGGGUUUACCCAGCGACGACCUGUCCAUCCAGAACGGCAUCGUGGUGACGAAGGCGUCCCGCUACCCGCUGCUGAUAGACCCCCAGGGCCAGGGCAAGACCUGGAUCCAGAACAGAGAGCGAGACCAGCAGCUGCAGGUGACGUCUUUGAACCACAAAUACUUCCGUUCCCACCUGGAGGACAGCCUGUCUCUUGGGCGCCCCCUGCUGCUGGAGGACGUUGGUGAGGAACUGGACCCCGUCCUGGACAACAUACUGGACAAAAACUACAUCAAGUCUGGCUCCACUUACAAGGUGAAGGUUGGAGACAAGGAGGUGGAUGUAAUGAAGGGCUUCACGCUCUACAUCACCACCAAGAUGGCCAACCCAGCAUACAGCCCUGAGGUCAGCGCCAGGACGGCCGUGGUGGAUUUCACCGUCACUCAGAGAGGCCUGGAGGACCAGCUGCUGGGACGGGUCAUCCUGCUGGAGAAGCAGGAGAUGGAGGCAGAGCGAGUGAAGCUCCUGGAGGAGGUGACGUCCAACAAGAGGAAGAUGCAGGAGCUGGAGGACAGCCUGCUGUUCAGGCUCACCAGCACACAGGGCUCGCUGGUGGAGGACCAGUCUCUGAUCGAGGUGCUGAGCGUCACCAAGAUCACCGCUCAGGAGGUAAGUGAGAAGCUGACGGUUGCCGCCGAGACAGAGGUGAAGAUUAACCAGGCCAGGGAGGAGUACCGACCAGUGGCCACCAGGGGGAGCAUCCUGUACUUCCUGAUUGUGGAGAUGUCGCUGGUGAACGUCAUGUACCAGACGUCGCUGCGGCAGUUCCUCGGGCUUUUUGAUUCAUCCAUGCAGAACUCGGCCAGGUCGCAGGUCACCUCCAAACGCAUUAGCAACAUCAUCAGCUUCCUCACCUACCAGGUGUACCGUUACACAGCCAGAGGUCUGUACGAGGAACACAAGCUGCUCUUCACUCUGCUGUUGGCUCUAAAGAUCGACCUGCAGGCCCGAAUCAUCUCGCACAUGGAGGUGCUCACCUUCAUCAAAGGCGGAGCCUCUCUGGACCUCAACUCUGUAGAAUCGAAGCCACGGCGCUGGAUCCUGGACCAGACCUGGCUGAACCUGGUGCAGCUGUCCAGCCUGCCUGCCUUCUUCCAGAUUGUGAACCAGGUGAACCAGAACGAGCGCGCCUGGAAAGCGUGGUUCGACCAUCCGGCGCCAGAAGACGCCCCGCUGCCCGAUGGCUACGAGGAGAAGCUCGACACCUUCCGGAAGCUUCUGCUCAUCCGGAGCUGGUGCCCCGACCGGACCAUCGCUCAGGCGCGGCGCUACAUCUCAGAGUCUCUGGGCCAACAGUACGCCGAAGGCUCGGUCCUGGACUUGGACGCCAUGUUGGCAGAGAGCAACAACCGAACGCCGAUGGUGUGUCUGCUGUCGAUGGGCUCCGACCCGACUGAGAACAUCGAGAGAUUAGCCAAGAAUAAGGGGGCGCCGUGCCGUCCCAUCUCCAUGGGUCAGGGCCAAGAGGUUCACGCUCGCAGGCUAUUGGCCAACAGCAUGCUGGAUGGCGGCUGGCUCCUCCUCCAGAACUGCCACCUGGGACUGGACUUCCUGGAUGAGCUGCUGGAGACGGUCACAACAGCGGUGCCGGAGAGCGUGCACAAAGAUUUCCGAGUGUGGCUGACGACCGACGUGCACCCCAGGUUCCCCAUCACCUUCCUUCAGUCCUCCAUCAAGUUCACCAAUGAACCUCCUCUCGGCAUGAAAGCUGGUCUGAAGAGGACUUUUAAUGGUGUCACUCAGGACCAGCUGGAGAUCAGCAACCUGCCUCAGUGGAAGCCUCUGCUGUACGCUGUGGCCUUCCUCCACACCACCGUGCAGGAGCGUCGUAAGUUCGGUCCGCUCGGCUGGAACAUCCCCUACGAGUUCAACCAGGCAGAUUUUACCUCCAGCAUCCAGUUUGUGCAGAACCACCUGGACAACCUGGACAUGAAGCGAGGCGUGAACUGGAGCUGUCUGCGCUACAUGCUCGGUGAAGUCCAGUAUGGCGGUCGGGUGACGGAUGACUUGGACAAACGGCUCCUCAACACGUUCACGCGUGUCUGGUUCAGUGAGAGCACCUUCAGUGAAGCAUUCUGCUUCUUUAAGGGCUACAGCAUCCCUGCCAAGGCCAAGAGCAUCCAGGAGGUCCUGCAGCACAUCGAGGGGCUGCCGCUGGUCGACUCACCAGAGGUGUUUGGACUCCACCCCAACGCUGACAUCACCUAUCAGACCAACCUGGCGAAUGACACGCUCAGCACCAUAACCAACAUCCAACCGAAGGACACCGGAGGCGGGGCCGGGGAGACCAGGGAGGACACUGUGCAGAGACUAGCCAAUGAGAUGCUGGAGAAGCUGCCACCUGACUACAUCCCACAUGAGGUCAAAGGUCAACUCCAGAAGAUGGGUCCUCUUCAGCCAAUGAACAUCUUCCUCCGACAGGAGUUGGAUCGAAUGCAGCGUGUCAUCAGCAGCGUACGGAGCACGCUCACUGACCUCAGACUGGCCAUCGAUGGGACCAUCAUCAUGUCUGAAGACUUGCGCGAUGCCCUCGACAGCAUGUUCGAUGCUCGGAUCCCGCGCCUGUGGCUGAGGCUCAGCUGGCCGUCGGCCACGCUCGGCUUCUGGUUCAGCGAGCUGCUGGAGAGGAACCAGCAGCUCAGCGCGUGGAUCAGCGCCGGGCGGCCCAACCAGUUCUGGCUCACCGCCUUCUUCAACCCGCAGGGUUUCCUGACCGCCAUGCGCCAGGAGACGACACGCUCCAACCUGUCCAGGGGCUGGGCCUUGGACACGGUCACCCUUAGCAAUGAUGUCACCAAGAUGAUGAGGGAGGACGUCUCAGCUCCGCCCCCUGAAGAUGUGGGUGGAGUCUAUAUCUAUGGCCUCUUUCUGGAUGGAGCGGGAUGGGACAGACGUGGCGCCAAACUCGCUGAGGCUCCGCCCAAAGUCCUCUUCACCCCCCUCCCUGUGGUCCACGUCUUCGCCGUCAGCUCAGCCAACAUGGCCGACAGUAAGCGUCCCCCUGGCGGCGGAGGGGCGGUCAGCCUGUACUCGUGUCCCGUCUACAAGAAGCCUCGACGCACCGACCUGAACUUCAUCUUCUCCCUGCAGCUGAGGAGCGUGCAGCCGCCCGAGCGCUGGACGCUGCGAGGCGCCGCGCUGCUCUGCGACUGCAAGUGAUCCAAACGCUGUUGUUCCACAGACACAGACAGACACUCACCGUGGGGCUCUGCUGUGUCUCACUCAGACCUCCCCACAGGUUUCAGUUUGAGCUUUUUUAUUCUGAUUUUCUGAUGUUUUCCAUUUUUCUUCAGCACCAAACAUGUUUGUAGGUUUUUAGUCUGUUAAAUUUAUGAAAAUCAAAAUGUUUCCACCUCUCUGCAAGUCUCUAACAAUAAUAAUGAUAAUAGUAACAUUAAUGAUUUUGUAUGUGACCUUACACAGUAAAGCUGAUGUGAGGAUCAUCACAGUUUCGGUGGUUGUAUGAACUUAGAAUGCAUAAAAUAAUAAUUUGUUUUAAUUAAAAACCUUUCCAUUUCCUGAUUGUUUCAAAAUAAACAUGUUUUGAAUGUGA